GCGGAUCGUCCCGAAAGUAACACUCCUUCGUGUCUACAUAUAAAUACCACAAGAUACCAAUCCUUCCGUUUUCAUCUUGCAAUCUUCCUCUCUCUCUCUCUCUGGUUCUUCGUCGCCGUUAGUGUUGCUUCAGAUCGGAAGCUCGCAAAUCAGUUUCAGGAAUCUAGCUACUACUUGGAAAUCAGAAUGUCUGGACGUGGAAAGGGAGGCAAGGGGCUCGGAAAGGGAGGUGCGAAGCGUCAUCGCAAAGUUCUUCGCGAUAACAUUCAGGGAAUCACAAAGCCAGCCAUUCGUCGUUUGGCUCGCAGAGGUGGAGUGAAGCGUAUCAGCGGCUUGAUUUACGAGGAAACCCGUGGGGUGCUCAAGAUCUUCCUCGAGAAUGUUAUCAGAGACGCCGUGACUUACACCGAGCAUGCCCGCCGGAAGACCGUGACGGCCAUGGACGUGGUCUAUGCUUUGAAGAGGCAGGGUAGGACUCUGUACGGUUUCGGCGGCUAGGGUUCCAAUUGACCGGAAGGGAAAACUAAAAAAGUCUUGCUCUCAAGAAAAAAAAAAAUGGAUGGGUUUAUGUUAAUUGGGCUAAUUAGGUAUUAGUUUAACAAUGUUUGUGGGCAUUGUAAUUACUUGGUUUCAAUUUUAUUAGACUUUUAUUUUCUUUUUCUUUUUGUGGUUUACUUUGUGGUCUGUUCAACUAUCCCUAAAAACUGGAAUUGAAACUGUUCUGUUUCUAUA